AUGCUACAUGUUCGCCAAGUAUUCAAGCUUCUACAAGCGCAUAGGCUAUUUCUGAAACAGUCCAAGUGUUUGUUUAGACAACAAGAGAUCGGUUACCUCGGGCAUGUCAUCUCUCACGAUGGCGUUAAGGUGGACCAAUCAAAAAUAACAGCCAUUACAGACUGGCCUCGACCGGGAUCAGUACGCGCUGUGAGGGGAUUUCUUAGGCUCUCAGGGUAUUACAGGAAAUUUAUUAGAGAUUAUGGCAUUAUUGCGGCUCCGUUGACUCGCCUACUUAAGAAAACCGGUUUCAGUUGGGAUGAAACAGCAGAGGAAUCUUUUGUAGCUCUUAAGAAGUCCUUGUCAGAAUCUCCGGUUCUUGCUCUUCCAGAUUUCAGUAAAGACUUUAUCAUAGAGUGUGACGCCUCGGAUAGUGGGAUUGGUGCUGUUCUACAACAAGCGAACCACCCAAUAGCUUUUUUUAAGUCGGAAGUUGGCCGACAGACAUAUUAA